AUGACUAUCGGAUCGUGGGUGUUCAUUACGUCUUUGAUUUUAAUCGUUAAACAUGCCCGUGUCGUCAGCUAUAAUACUAAUAAUCAUAAUAACGUGACCGGUGUGCAAUCAUCGGUCGAAAGAUUCGUGGCAAACGGCGUUCCUUACAAUAAGAAAAAAUAUGCGUUUGUAUUGUCGUUCGUAGCGGACAAGUCGGUGUGCUCUGCUACCCUGGUGAAACCACUGUUCGCAGUUACUGCCGCUCACUGCACGUGGAAUCUAGAAGCUGGCAAAUCGAAUGUGUAUCGCGGCCAUUACGAUCAGGCGGCCAAGGACGACACGAUAAGACGGAAGGUCGUGCACUAUUACCAGCACGAACAAUUCGACAUAAACAAAAAUCCUUUCCCGGACAUAAGUAUCAUUCAAAUAGAAUCGGAAUACGCCGAAAUUGAGGAAUACGCCGAAAUAGGCGGGAAUCCCGGUGACUUUAAAAACGGCAAACUAGUCAAAUGUAUCGGCGUGGGAUUCGGCAAGACGGAAUAUCAGAAAUUAGCCAAGAAAAACGGAUACCAAUACGCCGUUUCAAUGAGAUACGGACCGGACGCGUGCAUCGGAGACACCGCAGACCCAAAACAAUGGGUCAAUUAUCUGUGUUCGAAGCCCAGCAUCAAACAGGCGUGUUUCGGAGACAGUGGCGGUCCGACAUUUUGCAAAGGGAAAUUCUACGCGAUCUACAUGUCCCGUUACAAUUACGUGAUUAAGGAUCCACAAAUAGAUUUUUGCGGCGAUCCGAACAUCGAGACGAAACACUUGUUUCUAUUUCAGUAUAGGAAUUGGAUUGCCGGCAUUGUCGGUCCGUUGCCGUCGAGCGAGUCCGGAGACAACAGCAGGGAGUACUACGACGACGAAUUUGCCUCGGGCUCGAUCCCAUUUAACAAACGCGCGUUAAUGUUAUUAAAUUCCAUCGUAUUAUGCGUAGUUUUAUUUUGA